CCGCCCCCGCCGCCGCCACCGCAGCAUCUCGCGGCGCCUGCUCACCAGCCGCAGCCCGCGGCCCAGCUGCACCGCACCACCAACUUUUUCAUCGACAAUAUCCUAAGGCCUGAUUUCGGUUGCAAAAAGGAACAGCCCCUGCCGCAGCUCCUGGUGGCGGCGGCUGCAGCCGGAGGAGGCGCCGGAGGAGGAGGAGGCCGGGUGGAGCGUGACCGGGGCCAGACUGGUGCAGGUAGAGAGCCAGUCCACUCAUUGGGCACGCGGGCUCCGGGCGCUGCCUCGCUCUUGUGCGCCCCAGAUGCGAACUGUGGCCCACCCGACGGCUCCCAGCCCGCCUCCGUGGGCGCGAGCGCAUCGAAAGCCGGGAACCCGGCUGCGGCGGCGGCUGCAGCGGGCGGCGGCGGUGGCGGUGGAGGCAGCGCCGGGAGCCCUGGCGCGCAGGGCGCCAAGUUCCCGGAGCACGGCAAUCCGGCGAUCCUUCUCAUGGGCUCAGCCAACGGCGGCCCGGUGGUUAAGACUGACUCGCAGCAGCCCCUGGUCUGGCCCGCCUGGGUCUACUGCACGCGCUACUCCGACCGUCCAUCCUCGGGUCCGCGCACCAGAAAGCUAAAGAAGAAAAAGAACGAGAAGGAAGACAAGCGGCCGCGGACUGCGUUUACCGCCGAGCAGCUGCAGAGACUCAAGGCGGAGUUCCAGGCUAACCGCUACAUCACCGAGCAGCGGCGACAGACCCUGGCCCAGGAGCUCAGCCUCAACGAGUCCCAGAUCAAGAUCUGGUUCCAGAACAAGCGAGCCAAGAUCAAGAAAGCCACGGGCAUUAAGAACGGCCUGGCGCUGCACCUCAUGGCCCAGGGACUGUACAACCACUCCACCACCACCGUCCAGGACAAAGACGAGAGCGAGUAACCGUAGCCGGCCCGAGGCCAGCGCGGUGCAGUCGCGCCCCCGCCGCCUCCUGGCACCGCGGGGCUGCAGCCUCGCCGGCCCCACGCCAAGGAGACAUGAUCGACGCGAAGGAGGGAGGGAUCCACGGGAAAGACAGAAAGUGAGGGAGAGAAAGAGAUCCUCCGAGUGGACAGCCAAGUUGGAACGAAACCUAUUGGAAAUGGGAGAAAGACUCGGACAGGUGCGAUGGGAAAAAAUUUUUUAAAAAUUUUAUUCUCUAACUCACAGGAUAAGGGGCGAAACUGCGAAUUCCUUAAAGCUCUAUCUAGCCAAACUGCUUACGACCGUGUAUAUAUUUAAUUUCAGGUAAGGAAAAUAUAUGUGUAGCGAUCUCUAUUUGCUGGACAUUUUUAUUAAUCUUCUUUAUUAUUAUUGUUAUAAUUAUUAUAAUUAUUAUAAUUAUUUUAUCCUUCCUUCUCCCCACCUCGCUUCCCCCAGCCCAGUUUCGUUUUCGUUGCAUUUUUCUUUUGAAUGUGGUUGCUUCUCUGGGUACCUCCCGACCCGCAUCGCUGGCCCUGGUUUCUCUGGGACUUUUCUUUGUGUGUGUAUGAGUGUUUCCUCUCCUGUCUGCGUUGCCUCUCCUCCACCCACCCAGGAUCCUUCUGUCGGUCUUGUCUGUCGUUUCCUCAUCCCCCUUUCGUUUUCUGGACUCGUUGAGAAAUAAAACCCCACAGACUGCGAGACUGAACCGCCGCUACAAGCCAAAGAUUUUAUUAUGUUCAGAAACCUGUAGUCUGAAAUAAAAUGUUCACUGUGU